UUCCCAUGAUCCUCUUCGAGAAGAAAAAGGGUCCCUCUAUUUUCUUGUGUUCCUGAAGACUACCGGUGUCAUUUUUUUUUUUAACGCCGAAGCCACACUCGUGAUACGCUUUAUUCCUCGUGUCCGUUUAAUGGGAUUGGGUUCGGGCAAACGUGCACCGUUGCCGGCUCGUCCCUUUUAAAACUCCUUUAAUAGGUUCCUGUUGCCCUCACGAUGUCGUUCCCUCCUCCGCUUAAUCGCCAGCCGCUGAGCAUCCCCCAGCUACCCCCCGGCAUCCCCCCGCCUCAGUUCGGCACCUUCGGCCCGCCCGUCCCACCAGGUACUCCCAUGAUACCAGUUCACAUGGGUGUCGUGACCCCCUCUCCCUCAGUUCUUGUCCCAACCACAGUUUCUGUUGCACAGAAGCCGAUGCUCCCAAACAAGAUCAACUUCCGAGCCAAGGAGCCAGAGGACGGCCCCACCACCACUGUGUUUGUGGGCAAUAUCUCUGAGAAGGCCUCCGACAUGCUUGUCAGACAGCUGCUGGCGAAAUGUGGUAUAGUUCUAAGCUGGAAACGAGUCCAAGGCGCCUCUGGGAAACUUCAAGCAUUUGGCUUCUGCGAAUACAAGGAGCCCGAGUCAACCCUGCGAUCCCUGCGACUGCUGCACGAGCUGAUGCUGGGCGACAAGAAGCUGCUGGUCAAAGUGGAUGCCAAGACCAAGGCGCAGCUGGACGAAUGGAAGGCCAAGAAAAAGAGCGCCAAUGGGGGAGCGAGCGGCGAUGGUAAGGACGAGGAGGAGGUGCUGGAUGAAGAGACGCUCCGUCGCGACCAGGCAGCGAGGGCCGCCAUCGAAGUGCUCAUCCGGGAGUACUCCACUGAACUCAACGCCACCUCUGCAGAUGGCAACGGGCAGCUUCGCAAGAAGAGAAAAGACAAGAAAGAUGAGGAUGACAUCAACGCCAUAGAACUAGAGGACGACAAGAGGGACUUGAUUUCCAGAGAGAUCAGCAAAUUCCGCGACACACACAAGAAAUUGGAGGAGGAGAAAGGCAAGAAGGAGAAGGAGCGACAAGAGCUGGAGAAGGAGCGGCGAGAGAAGGACAAGGAGCGUGAGCGUGAAAGGGAGCGCCGCGACAGGGAGAAAGAGAAAGAACGGGAACGGGACAAGGAGCGCGAGCGGGACCGGGAACGGGACCGAGACAGGGAGCGUGAACGCGAGCGUGAACGGGAACGGGAGAGGACGAGAGAGCGCGAGCGCGACAGGGAGAAGAGUCGAGACAUCAGCGAAGCCCGCAGCCGCUCCAGGGAGAGGCCUAGAGAUGAGAAAAAACGGGACCGCGACGAAGAUGAGGAAGAUGUGUACGAGCGCAGGAGACUGGAGAGGAGACUCAGAGAUAAGGAAGCUGCCUAUCAAGAGCGGCUGAAAAACUGGGAACUGCGGGAGAGGAAGAAGUCCCGCGACUACUGCAAGGACAUGGAGCGGGAGGACGAGCGAAGCCGUGAGACCAUGAAAGAAGCCAAAAGACUAAAAGAAUUCCUUGAAGAUUAUGACGAUGAUCGGGAUGAUCCCAAAUACUACAGGGGCAGUGCUCUGCAAAAGCGCCUCCGCGACCGCGAAAAGGAGAUAGAGAUGGACGAGAGGGACCGCAAGAGGGAGAAGGAGGAGCUGGAGGAGAUCCGACAGAGGCUCCUGGCCGAGGGUCACCCCGACCCCGACGCCGAAAUGCAAAGGAUGGAGGAGGAGGCAGAGCGCAGACGGAAGCCUCCUCUAAAGCUAGAAUCUGAGGAGAAAGUGAAACAAGAGAAAAAGGAGCGAGAAUCCCACCGGGAGUCCCACAAAGAGUCCCACAAAGAGUCCCACCGAGACUCCCACAGAGAGUCCCACAGAGAGUCCCAAAGAGAGGCCCAAAGAGAGGCCCACAGAGAGUCACACAAAGAGUCCCACAGAGAGUCUCACCGGGAUCGGGAGAAGAGGACGUCGUCGGCAAAGCCCGCUGAGCCGACGCCUCGAGACCCUCCACCACAUUCGGAAGAGGACGAAGAAAAUGCGAUAGAGGAACGGUGGCGGAGGCGGGAGGAGGAAGAAAAGGAGCAGCAGCAGCAGCAGAAUCAACAGCAACAGCAGCAGCAACAGGAGGAGGAGGUGGAGAAGGAGAAGGAACAACAACAACAACAACAACCACCACCACCACCACAACAACAACCGCAGCAACAGCAUGUGGCCCACAAUGGUGGGGAUUCACCUGAGGCUAGGCUGCACCUCAAAGCCCUCAUGCGACCAAUCAACACCGCUCCCUCUGUGUCCUCUGCCAGCGGGAAUGCCACGCCCAACACGCCUGGCACCGACUCCCCGCGCGGCAUCAUCAUUCCAGGCGAGCGAACGCCUGAGGUGCAGCCUCUCGAGGAGCACCGGCCCAAGAUUGGCCUCAGUCUCAAGCUGGGUUCUACUAACAGCCCCAGCCAGCUGCAUGCCGCCAAGCGCAAGAAGCUGGCAGCCGCAGACAGCAUCUUCAACAAGUUUAACGACGACGAGGAAGCUGACGAGCAGCCGCGCAAGAGGAAGCUAGUGCCGCUGGACUAUGGCGACGACGACAAGAGCUUAGGCCUGGACGGCGCUGACAUGUCGGGCGCCAAAGGCGGCGUCAACACCGAGGAGAAGCGCAAGAACAUCCGCAGCCUCAUCGAGAAGAUCCCCACGGCCCGCCCUGAGCUCUUCACCUACCCGUUGGACUGGUCCAUGGUCGAUUCGACUCUGAUGGACCGCCGCAUCAAACCGUGGAUCAACAAGAAAAUCAUUGAAUACAUUGGCGAGGAGGAAGCGACGCUGGUCGAUUUCGUCUGCUCAAAGGUGAUGGCACACAGCACUCCUCAGGGUAUUCUCGAUGACGUCGCCAUGGUUCUUGAUGAGGAAGCGGAAGUGUUCAUCGUGAAAAUGUGGCGUCUGUUAAUAUUUGAAACUGAAUUCAAGAAGAUCGGACUGGCAAAAUAACGAUUCUCUCGGACCGCUUAGCUCACGGUUGCGGCUCGCCAGCUCCGGAUGACGAGAGCCGCCCGCCCGCCCAACGUGGAAAGAAAUGACGACGUCGCGAUAUUGCAUGAAGAAACCUUAAGUUGUAUUUUUGUUGAGGUUUAAAAAAAAAAAACAAAAAAAACAAAAAAAAAACUGAAAAAAAAACAGGAAAAAAAAAGUCAAACAAUUGUAUUUCCCCAUUUGUUCUCCAGUAAAUCAGUCAUGGUGGAAGCACUGCUUAGCUGUGUUAUCUAAUAAAUACUGUAAGUUUUUUUAAGGACA